AUGGAAGAACGGGCCAAUCUAGUCUUUCACAAUAACGUGAUAGGUGGAACUGCAAUUAAACGACUUAUUAGCAGAUUAAUAGAUCAUUUCGGAAUGGCAUAUACAUCACACAUCCUGGAUCAAGUAAAGACUCUAGGAUUCCGUCAAGCUACUGCUACAUCUAUUUCAUUAGGAAUUGAUGAUCUUUUAACAAUACCUUCUAAAGGAUGGCUAGCUCAAGAUGCGGAACAACAAAGUUCCAUUUUGGAAAAACAUAAUUAUUAUGGAAAUGUACAUGCGGUAGAAAAAUUACGCCAAUCCAUUGAAAUAUGGUAUGCUACAAGCGAAUAUUUGCGACAAGAAAUGAAUCCUAAUUUUAGGAUGACUGACCCCUUUAAUCCAGUUCAUAUAAUGUCUUUUUCGGGAGCUAGAGGAAAUGCGUCUCAAGUGCACCAAUUAGUCGGAAUGAGAGGAUUAAUGUCAGAUCCACAAGGACAAAUGAUUGAUUUACCCAUUCAAAGCAAUUUACGUGAAGGACUGUCUUUAACAGAAUAUAUAAUUUCCUGCUACGGAGCCCGUAAAGGGGUUGUAGAUACUGCUGUACGAACAUCGGAUGCUGGAUAUCUUACACGUCGACUUGUUGAAGUGGUUCAACACAUUGUUGUACGUCGAACAGAUUGCGGUACCAUCCGCGGGAUUUCUGUAAAUACCCGAAAUGGAAUGAUGACAGAAAGAAUUUUGAUACAAACAUUAAUUGGUCGUGUAGUAGCAGACGAUAUAUAUAUAGGUUCACGGUGCAUUGUCGUUAGAAAUCAAGAUAUUGGAAUUGGACUUAUCAAUCGAUUCAUAACUUUUCAAACACAACCUGUAUUUGUUCGAACCCCCUUUACCUGUAGGAAUACCUCUUGGAUUUGCCGAUUGUGUUAUGGGCGGAGUCCCAUUCAUGGGGACCUGGUAGAAUUGGGAGAAGCUGUAGGUAUUAUUGCUGGUCAAUCUAUUGGAGAACCGGGAACUCAACUAACAUUAAGAACGUUUCAUACUGGUGGAGUAUUCACAGGGGGUACUGCAGAAUAUGUGCGAGCCCCCUCGAACGGAAAAAUAAAAUUUAACGAGGAUUUAGUUCACCCUACACGUACACGUCAUGGAUAUCCUGCUUUUCUAUGUAAUAUAGAGUUGUAUGUAACUAUCGAAAGUCACGAUAUUAUACAUAACGUGAUUGUUCCACCAAAAAGUUUUCUAUUAGUUCAAAACGAUCAAUAUGUAAAAUCAGAACAGGUGAUUGCCGAGAUCCGCGCGGGAACAUAUACUUUUAAUUUGAAAGAAAGGGUUCAAAAACAUAUUUAUUCUGACUCAGAAGGGGAAAUGCAUUGGAGUACCGAUGUCUAUCAUGCAUCCGAAUUUAUGUAUAGUAAUGUACAUAUCUUACCAAAAACAAGUCAUUUAUGGAUAUUAUCAGGAAAGUCGUGCAGGUCUGAUACAAUCCAUUUUUUACUUCGCAAGGAUCAAGAUCAAAUUCACCUUGAUUCUCUUUCUAAUGGAAAAAGAAAUACCUCUCCUCUUUUUGUAAGUGAUGAUCACGUAAAACAUCCAUUUUUUAGUUUCAAGACUUUUGCUACAAAAGAAACGGGGAUUAGCAAUUAUUCCAUAUUUAAUCAAACCAUAUGUACAGAUCAUUCUCAUUUUAUGUAUCCUGCUAUUUUUCACGAUACUUUUAAUUUUUUGGCGAAAAGGCGAAGAAAUAGAUUUCUUAUUCCAUUUUCAUUCCAAUCGAUUCAAGAACGAAAGAACGAACUAAUGCCCCCUUACGGUGUCUCCGUUGAAAUACCUAUCAAUGGUAUUUUUCAUAGCAAUAGUAUUUUUGCUUAUUUUGAUGAUCCUCAAUACAGAAGACAGAGUUCGGGAAUUACUAAAUAUAGAACAACUAUAGGAAUAGGAAUUCAUUCCAUUUUUGAAAAAGAAGAUUCCAUUUUUGAAAAAGAAGAUUCCAUUUUUGAAAAAGAAGAUUCCAUUUUUGAAAAAGAAGAUUUCAUUGAGUAUCGAGGAAUCAAAGAAUUAAAUCCAAAAUACCAAAUAAAAGUAGAUCAAAUUUUUUUUAUUCCCGAAGAAGUGCAUAUUUUACCCGAAUCUUCUUCCAUAAUGGUACGGAAUAAUAGUCUCGUUGGAAUAGGAACACCAAUCACUUUCAAUAUAAGAAGUCGAGUAGGCGGAUUGCUCCGAUUAGAAAAGAAAAAAAAAAAAAUAGAAUUAAAAAUUUUUUCUGGAAAUAUCCAUUUUCCCGGAAAGGGGGAUACGAUAUCCCGAGACAGUGCGAUCUUGAUACCACCCGGAACAGUAAAAAAAAAAAGGAAGGAGUCAAAAAAAAUUAACAAUUGGAUCUAUGUCCAAUGGAUCCCAACUACCAAGAAAAAGUAUUUAGUUUUGGUUCGACCUGUAAUUUUAUAUGAAAUACCGGACAGUAUCCAUUUUGUAAAACUUUUUCCCCAAGAUCUAUUUCAGGAAAGGGAUAAUCUAGAACUAAAAGUUGUCAAUUAUAUUCUUUUUGGAAAUGAAAAAUCCAUUCAGGGAAUUUCCGACACAGGGAUUCAAUUAGUUCGGACUUGUUUAGUCUUGAAUUGGGAUCAAGGCAAAAAAAGUUCUUCUAUUGAAGAGGCCCCCGCUUCCUUUGUUGAAGUAUGUACAAAUGGUUUGGUUGAGUAUUUUCUAAGAAUUGACUUAGUGAAAUCGAAUACUUCAUAUAUGCGAAAAAGAAAUGACCCAUCUGGUUUAGGAUUGAUCGCGGAUAAUGAAUUGGAUCGGAUCAAUAUCAAUCCAUUUUUUUCUAUUCAUUCCAAGGCAAAAAUUCAACAAUCAAUUAGCCAAAAUCACGGAACUAUUCGUAUGUUGUUGAACAGAAAUAAGGAAUCCCGAUCUUGGAUAAUUUUGUCAUCAUCUAAUUGUUUUCAAAUGGGAUCAUUCAACAAUGUAAAAUAUCACAGUGGGAUAAAAAAAGAUCCUAGAAUUCCAAUUAAUAAUAAGAAUUCGUUAGGCCCUUUAGGAAUAGCCCUUCAAGUUGCAAAUUUGGAUUCACUUUACCGUUUCAAAACUUAUAAUCAGAUCUCAAUAAUUAAAAAUUUGCAACUUGACAAAUUGACGGAAAUUUUGCAAGUAAUUAAAUAUUAUUUUAUGGACGAAAAUGAUCAAAUUUUUAAACCGGAUCUAUACAGUAAUAUCGUUUUGAAUCCAUUCCAUUUGAGUUGGUAUUUUCUCCAGAAUUAUUAUUCUGAAAAAACGGUUACAAUAAUUAGUCUUGGACAAUUUAUUUGUGAAAAUAUAUGUAUAGCUCAAAUGAAAAACGGACCCCACCUAAAACUAAAAUCGGGUCAAGUUCUAACCGUUCAAAUGGAUUCUGUAAUAAUAAGAGCGGCUAACCCCUAUUUGGCGACUCCAGGAGCAACCAUUCACGGCCAUUAUGGGGAGAUCCUUUUUCAAGGAGAUAUUUUAGUUACAUUCCUAUAUGAAAAAUCGAGAUCCAGUGAUAUAACACAAGGUCUUCCAAAAGUGGAACAGAUAUUCGAAAUACGUUCGAUUGAUUCAAUAUCGAUGAAUCUAGAAAAAAGAAUUGAUGCUUGGAACAAGUGUAUAACAAGAAUUCUCGGCACUCCUUGGGGAUUCUUGAUUGGUGCUGAACUAACUAUAGCGCAAAGUCGUAUUUCUUUGGUUAAUAAAAUCCAAAAGGUUUAUCGAUCCCAGGGAGUACACAUCCAUAAUAGACAUAUCGAAAUUAUUGUGCGUCAAAUAACAUCCAAAGUCUUGGUUUCAGAAGAUGGAAUGUCUAAUGUAUUUUUACCUGGCGAACUAAUUGGAUUAUUGCGAGCAGAACGAACGGGACGUGCCUUGGAAGAAGCUAUUUGUUACCGAGCUUUAUUAUUGGGAAUAACAAAAACAUCUCUGAAUACUCAAAGUUUCAUAUCCGAAGCGAGUUUUCAAGAAACUGCUAGAGUUUUAGCAAAAGCCGCUCUUCGGGGUCGUAUCGAUUGGUUGAAAGGUCUUAAAGAAAAUGUUGUUUUAGGGGGAAUGAUACCCGUUGGUACCGGAUUCAAAAGAAUAAUGGACCGUUCACGGUCAAGGCAACAUAAGAAGAUUACCUUGGAAAAAAAAAAAUUAUUCGAAGUAGAAAUUAGAAAUCUUUUGUUCCAUCACAGAAAAUUAUUGGAUUAG